CAAGGGCGGUGCCGGUCGAAAAGUGUUCUAGUUACAACAUACAACGAGUAUAAAAGCUCGCACAAGUUAAAAUUCAAGCAUCAUUUGACAAGACCAGUUACCGACAUGGCAUUCAAGCUCGUUGCCUUCGCCGCCGUUAUCGCCGUUGCCCGUGCUGGGCUCAUCGGGGCCCCCGUGAGCUACGCCGCUCCCGUAGCCCACUACGCCGCCCCCGUUGCCCACUACGCCGCCCCCGUGGCCCGCUACGCCGCCCCUGUGGCCUACGCCCAUGCCCCCGUGGCCGUAGCUCACGCCGCCCCCGUUGCCGUCGCCAAGACUGUUGUCUCUGACGAAUACGACCCCCAUCCCCAAUACUCCUACGGAUACGACAUCCAAGAUGGUUUGACCGGAGACAGCAAAAACCAACACGAAACCCGCGACGGUGAUGUCGUCCAAGGCAGCUACUCCCUCACUGACCCCGAUGGCACCCGCCGUACUGUUGAAUACACCGCUGACCCCAUCAACGGAUUCAACGCUGUUGUGCACAAGGAACCCCUCGUCGCCAAGGCUGUCGUUGCCCCAGCUGUCGCUAAAGUAGCCGCCCCCGUGGCCUACGCCGCCCCCAUCGCCAAAGUGGCCGCUCCUUUGGCCUAUGCCGCCCCCGUAGCCAAAUACUACCACUAGGUCGACUGCCAUGUUUUAGGAUAAAUUUAUUUAUUAAAGUUGAAUAAAAGUCAUAUUAUUUAA